AAUCUACUGGUUUAUUUGCUCAAUAUGGAGAGUUCAAUAAAAUCAUUGAAUUAUAUGAAUAUUGUAACACAUUGAUGAUUUUAUUAAUGUUUUAGAAUAUUAAAUAGAUGAGGCAAUGCAGGUAACUUUAUUUAGCGUUAUUUUAUGACAAGAAACUAAACAUGCGAAGGAAGAUUAUCUUCAAAAUUAAAUGGCUUGAGGAAUCUAAAUGAUUUUGCUUAUUGUAUUCUAGAAUUGGGAAGAAAAAUUUCAAACUAUAGUAGCUAAGAUAAAAAAGAUAAUACUAAAGAUGUAUAUAGGAAGUGUAGAUUACAGAAUGAAAGUCUAGAGAAUUUAGACAAAAUAAUAAUUGAUUAAGUUUUUAAGGAGAUGCUGAACUUUGAUAUAGUAUUGCUGCAAAUUUUAUAUUAGAUUUGUUAAACAAUAAUAUAAUUAUAAUUCUAAUUUAUUCAGAGAUUAGCCCAUGAAAUAUAAUGAAUAACACAGCUGUUCCCCUUUCAAAAAUAUUUCUCCUCAAAAGUUUUUCAAAGAUUAGAACAUAAAUUUCAAUAAUAAAGUCAACCCUUAAUAAUAUUAAUUUGGCGAAAUGAAUUAGAGAAAAUAAAAUAUGGUUUUUUAGGUACCAAACUAAUAAUUUAACAAUAUUUGUGGAUAUUAGAAAGUACAAAGCAAUGAUCCUUAUUAAUAACCAUAACAAUAAUUUAACAUUAAGUCUUUUUUAUCUCCUCCCCAUCCACGAUAGGUUUAAGUUUAAGAUUAGGAGGAGGAAUAAAACGAAAAGUAUAUUGUGGAAUUUAAAAAAUUGAAAGAAGUCCUGAAAGAGAGAAACACUUAAAGAAUAAAAAGAUAAUCGGAAAUGCUGAAUUAGGUACUAGUUGAUGAUUUCUAAUAAUGAUAAUAUUAUAAUUCUAU